UUCUUUGCCCUUACGUCAGCUGGAGCGGCUCAAAUUUGCCUCUGUGUUUCACGUGGAGGGUACUGGACCAACAGUGCUUCAGCUGGAAUUCAGCAAUGAAAGGGGUCGGGCGUCUAACUUCUCUGCAGUCUUGUCGGAGUUUGUAGGAUUUCAUCCGAUAAUUGAGCUGGACUAAAACGUCAAAAUGAAUACCGGAGCAUUUCUGCUGAUGCUUGUCGUUCGGAUCUACGCCGAUAAUAUGGAAGGGCCAACAGCCGGCUGUACGUUUGAGGAGGAUGCUGACCCCAGCCUGUGUGACUACAGACAAGGUCAAGAGGAUGACUUUGACUGGCAGCUCAUAAGAACCUUGAGCUGGCCAAACACCACCCCAGACCUUUUACGAGGGUCUUUCAUGAUGGUCAACUCCUCCCAGCAUGCCGCGGGGCAGCGCGGGCACCUGCUGCUGCGGCCUCUCAGCGAGAACGACACACACUGCAUCCAGUUCAGCUACUUCCUGUACAGCCGUGACGGACACAGCCCCGGGGACCUGCAGAUCUACAUCCGGGUCAACGGCGGUCCGAGGGGAAGUGCCGUGUGGAACGUGUCCGGUUCCCAUGGCCGCCAGUGGCAUCAGGUGGAGCUAGCCAUCAGCACGUUCUGGCCCAGCGAAUACCAGAUCGUCUUUGAGGCAACCGUCUCGGCCGAGCGGCGGGGCUACAUCGCUCUGGACGACAUCCUGCUGCUGAACUACCCCUGCUACAAGGUGCCCCACUUUUCUCGGCUGGGUGAUGUGGAGGUGAACGCCGGGCAGAAUGCCACUUUCCAGUGUGUCGCGACGGGCAAGACUGGCGAGGAGGAGCCCUUCCUGCUAGAGCGCCGCAACGGAGCUGUGGUGACGGCGUCCUCGGUGGUGCGGCUGAGCCACAAGCGGCUGAUGGCGACCUUCCAGGUGGAGGCGGAGCGCGGCGAGCAGGACUUGUACCGCUGCGUCACCCAGUCCACUCGCGGCGCCGCCGUCUCCAACUUUGGCGAGCUGAUCGUACGAGUGCCCCCGACGCCCAUCGCCCCCCCCCAGCUGCUCCGUGCGGGCCCCACCUACCUAAUCAUCCAGCUCAACACCAACUCCAUCGUCGGGGACGGGCCCGUGAUCCGCCGAGAGAUCGAGUACCGCGCCAGCCAAUCGCCUUGGACCGAGACCCAUGGCGUGGGAUCGCUGACCUAUAAGGUGUGGCACCUGGAGCCGGACACGGAGUACCGCAUCAGCGUGCUUCUCACCAGGCCGGGGGAGGGGGGCACGGGGGCGCCCGGACCCCCCCUGAUCAGCAGGACAAAGUGUGCAGAGCCCAUGCGUGCGCUGCGGGGCCUGACGUCCACCGAGAUCCAGCCCCGCCAGCUGGCCCUGCAGUGGGAGCCCCUGGGCUACAACCUGACGCGCUGCCACACCUACUCGGUGUCCCUGUGCUACCGCUACUCCACGCCAGCAGGGGGCGGCGGCGGGAACAACGCCACGGUGCGCGAGUGCCUGUCCGUGGAGCGCAACACCUCCCACUUCACCCUGCGAGACCUGCCGCCCUUCCGGGCGGUGCACGUGCGCCUGGCGCUGGCCAACCCCGAGGGCAAGAAGGAGAGUCGGGAGGUCACCUUCCAGACUGAGGAGGACAUACCUGGCGGUAUUGCACCCGAGUCCCUGACCUUCACCCCGUUGGAUGAUAUGAUUUUCCUCAAGUGGGAGGAGCCUGUGGAGCCCAAUGGCCUCAUCACACAGUAUGAGAUCAGCUACCAGAGCAUCGAGUCGUCCGACCCCGGCAUCAACGUGCCAGGGCCUCGGCGCACCGUGUCCAAGCUGAGGAACGAGACCUACCACAUGUUCUCAGGCCUGCACCCAGGCACCACCUACCUGGUGUCCGUGCGCGCCCGCACCGCCAAGGGCUUCGGCCAGACCGCCCUCACCGAGAUCACCACCAACAUCUCAGCCCCGGUGUUCGACUACGAGGACGUCCCGUCGCCUCUCAGCGAAUCAGAGAGCACCAUCACUGUGCUGCUGCGGCCUGCGUUGGGUAGAGGGGCGCCCGUCAGCACCUACCAGGUGGUGGUGGUGGAGGAGGACGGCUCGCGGCGGGUGAGGAGGAGGGAGGCGGGCGGCGUCGACUGUUUCCCCGCCGCCGCCUCCCACAACGAGGCGCAGGCGAAGGGAGCCCCCCACUACUACACAGCCGAGCUACCUCCCAGCAGCCUCCCUGAGGCCACGCCCUUCACCGUGGGAGACAACCACACCUACAACGGCUACUGGAACACGCCUCUGGACCCCACCAAGAACUAUCUCAUCUAUUUCCAGGCGGCCAGCAACUUCCGAGGGGAAACUAGGAUCAACUGUAUCCGGGUUGCCAGAAAAGGAGGGACUGUUGACGUCAUCGCUCACGACCGAGGGCUCUGCCCGCUUCGCAUCCCCCGCGCCCUCGCCGAGGGCUCCAUUAACAUGGGAGCCACGAGGACCCCCUCGUCAUUAAGUGCGCUGUCUACAGCGCUGCCGAUUCGGAUAAACAGGGAAGGGUACCAACGAUCCAACCACUUCAUUGCCACCCAAGGUCCCAAGCAGGAGAUGAUCUAUGACUUUUGGAGGAUGGUGUGGCAGGAGAAUUGCUUCAGUAUUGUCAUGAUUACCAAGCUGGUGGAGGUGGGACGGAUGAAGUGCUGUAAGUACUGGCCGGAUGACAGUGAACUCUACGGCGACAUCAAGAUCACACUGUUGAAGACGGAAACCCUCGCAGAGUACACUGUCCGCACCUUCGCCAUGGAGCGGAGGGGCUACCCUGCCAAGCACGAGGUGUGUCAGUUCCACUUCACGUCCUGGCCGGAGCACGGCGUGCCCUACCACGCCACGGGCCUGCUGGCCUUCCUGCGCAGGGUCAAGGCCUCCACGCCCCCCGACGCUGGGCCCGUGGUGGUGCACUGCAGUAUGGGAGCGGGCAGGACGGGCUGCUACAUCGUGCUGGACGUCAUGCUGGAUAUGGCCGAGUGUGAGGGCGUGGUGGACAUCUACAACUGUGUCAAGACCCUCUGCUCCCGACGCAUCAACAUGAUCCAGACCGAGGAGCAGUACGUCUUCAUCCAUGAUGCCAUCCUGGAGGCGUGUCUGUGUGGAGAGACUGCCGUCCCUGUGAGUGAGUUUGCUCUCACCUACAAGGACAUGCUGAGAGUGGACUCGCAGAGCAACACCUCGCAGUUCCGGGAGGAGUUCCAGACGCUGAACUCGGUGACCCCCCACCUGGACGUGGAGGAGUGCAGCAUCUCCCUGCUCCCCCGGAACCGGGAGAAGAACCGGAGCAUGGACGUUCUGCCUCCGGACCGCGCCCUGGCCUUCCUGGUCACCACCGACGGCGAGAGCAACGACUACAUCAAUGCCGCGCUCACCGACAGCUUCCACCGGCCCGCCGCCUUCGUGGUCACGCCCCACCCCCUCCCCGGCACCACCGCCGACUUCUGGCGGCUGGUGUACGACUACGGCUGCACCUCUGUGGUCAUGCUCAACCAGCUCAACCAGUCCAACUCUGCCUGGCCCUGCCUGCAGUACUGGCCUGAGCCGGGACUGCAACAGUUUGGACCAAUGACAGUGGAGCUCCUGUCCCGGACGGCAGAUGAUGAUGUCAUCAUACGCCUGUUCCGUGUUCAGAACAUCACACGGAUUCAGGAGGGUCAGCUAGUGGUACGCCAUUUCCAGUUCCUACGCUGGUCUCCGUAUCGUGACGUCCCCGACUCCAAAAAGGCCUUCCUCAGCCUCCUGGUGCAGGUGCACAACUGGCAGAGAGAGUGCGGAGAAGGACGGACCAUCGUUCACUGCCUGAAUGGCGGGGGUCGUAGCGGGACUUUCUGCGCCUGCACCAUGAUUCUGGAGAUGAUCCGACACCACAGUGUGGUAGAUGUCUUCUACGCUGCCAAGACGCUACGCAACUCCAAGCCCAACAUGGUGGAGACCAUGGAGCAGUACCGGUUCUGCUAUGACCUGGCUCUGGAGUACUUAGACUGCCUGGAGGUGAGAUAGCACUGAUCUCCGAGAUCUGAUCAGCUCCCUGGAUCCUGGUCUUGGGUCCUGGGUCCUGGUCUUGGGUCCUGGGUCCAUCCAUUGUCAGCUGGUUUCUUCUCUGUGCAACCCCCCACACCUGGAUGAAAGUCUAUAUACCGUAAUGAACAUCAACCAUGAGCCUAUGGGAAAUGACCACCUCCCACAACUCUGGGGUCCCUUCCCCUUAUGCGUUCUACUCCAACAUGUACUCGAUUGUGCCACACCUCCAACAAGUUGAACAGGAACUGAGUCUGGUCCUCCACCUCAUUUUGACUGGACGUUUUCCAGGUCACCUGACCACUGGUGGUAUACUCAGAGCUUUGCAACUUCCUGCCUUACUGGGACAAUAUCAACAAACACCAAGAACAAGCUGUAGUCUUGACAACUACAAUAAAACAAACUGCAGCAGCACAAAACAAUACCAACUAAUUGGAUGAUAUCGUAUUGUGUGUUUGUUUUGUAAUACUCUGUAAAUGGUGCAAUCUACUGUUGGUGAACAUCCCAUUUUUGUUCAGUAUAUUGACGUUUUCUUGCAAGAGGCUGGCUAGGCAGAGGCUCCCAUCCUGAAGGAGAUUCGCCUUUCCAAAGGAAGGAUGAGGUUUCCAUCGUAUGCUACUGUACAGGAGAAUGGUGGUGGACUGAACAUUUCUUUUAUUUCUGUCUUAUUUAUUAUUUGUGUAAAUAGAUCUUUUCCAGAUGUUUCUAGAUGUUGAUGUCUUAAUGUGCCAAUCCAUUCUCUUUGUGUCUGUGAACAGGGACUACCCAAGCAUCUGCAUGCAAGUCUUAGGUAUUUCAUUGCAGUUUGUGACCCAGUCUGCUUCAGGGGGGCUAAUAACCUGGACCCCCAUAGUCAGAAAGAGCUAUAUAUGAAAAAAAAUAUAUGAUGUGUUGCUGUGGGAACAAGUCACCAAAACACGUUGCUUUUUAAAUUUGUAUUUAUCAAUGUGUUUUAUUUUCUAAAUAGUGUAAAAAAUUAAAAGAAAUAAACUAUUCUGUUGU